AGGUAAGUUCAAACUACUGGUAAAUUCUUCCAGAUACUGGUAAGUACAUAAAAUACGUCUGAUAGACUUUAAAUGAUUUUUAUGCCGCUUUUAAUGCGUAAUGAAAUUUUAUUUUUCUAUUGGCUCCUGAUAUUAAAUAUGAAAAGAUAUCGUAGAAAAAAUAUUGUUGGUGGAACAGCGUAAACAUUUGCAUAUCUAUAAAACCGCUUGGAAAGUAAAUAACGACCGGUUUAAUUGUAAAGCAAUUAGGGUUGAAAAGGUUUCCGGUGCAUCGAAGCCGCGCACCGUGCCGGCGAUAGGCUCGUGGCGGCGAGGCGGUGGCACUCCCACUCGCCGGCACUCGCGGCUGCGGCAAACCCGCUCAUUCACGCCAGUCCUCAGCCGACUACUUCGGCGAACACACGCGCGUCUCGCGACGAAUCCGAUGUUAGUGUACGAUUACGACAUCGCGGCGCAACUCAGACUUUUACCGUGACAGUGAACUCAAUUAUUCCGAAUAUGGGUUAAACGCCCUUUUGAUCGUGAUGAGUCCGGGCGAGCGUGCCGCCUUCGGGCGCCGCGAACCCGCUCGUCCCCAUUAUGCCACCACUGCACCAGGAUUCCCAACGUCUUACUAUCAACCAUACGGAGUGCCUCACCCCAACGCUUGGCUCGGUGCACCACUCAUUUCUAUGGCAGGACGUGCACCUCAACCUGCUAGAAACACGCCGGUGUCGAAGUUGGCAAUGCAAGCACAAGGCGUGCCACUGAUAAUACAAAAUCGUCAUGACCGGCGAAAGUAUAACACAACAGCGGAGCCCCGUAAUCAACGACCCCAUACUAAUGGUCACAAUGAACACACCACAAGAGAAAAGUGCGAACAGACUACCGAGGGGAAUAGGCCUCGCAAUCAACAACAACAGCCGCGUUCCACGCGAGGCGGACGUAACAACAACACGGAUGCGGUUAGUGUAGCAAGUGAUGAGAGUUCCGGCUCUACUAAUUCUGAAACCAUGUUGCCCAGGAUCAUAAAACCGCGAAAGCGACGCAAAAAGGAUAGGAAACCUAACAAUAUAGCUCAUGACUUAACAGCUGCUGGCUUGGAUCUCGGUGAAGUCGACCAUUGUGUGGUUUCUAGCGCAACUCAUAACGUUUAUGAUGAAUCUUACAGUCGAGAAAUCACUUUACCGUAUCGUUUGGAUGUAAAAGUUUUGGAUUACCCCGACCCCGCGCCAGAAACGUAUCGUGUGUCUGCGUUAGGGGAAGCUUUAGAGGCUACACGUUUUGGAAUUGCGGAAGCCGUUUCUCCUGCCGAAUCUGCUGUUAGUUCUUGUCAGUGCCGUUACUGUGACCCUGUAGGUCAAAUAUGGGAUGCAGAUUCGAUUGCAGAUCUUUUGGACGAAAAUUCUUGUGGGGAUUUCGCACCUACUAAAUUGGAAGAUUCUAUGAAAGUGGUUGGACCAUUGGGAAGACGAGGCGGUGACACAACUUUACGCCGCAGUUGGAGUGACCCAUCAUCUCGAGUACCCGAACGACGAGAUAUUAAUAACACGGACGCAUAUUCUGCCCCUAAUUUAUAUUCAUUGUUUCCACCUUCAAGGAGAACAAGCUCUCCGGGGCCACGAUCCCCUCUGGCCUUGGAAAUAUCUUCAGAAAUCGUCACGUCAAUGAACGGUCAUCGUGACCUGGAAAUCAAAUUAUUUUCGACCUCGCCUUCGGCUACGAACUCCGACCGCCGCUCCUUCUUCGCAGAUAAAAGUGAAAGUGCCCGGAACAAAUGUAUUAACGCAACUGAUGAUAAUAAAGUGUAUAGUGCAGUGAAUAGUGGCAAAGCUGAAACAGCUGUAAUAAACGAAAAACAAAGUGUCGAAGUGUCCGAAUCCGGAUGUUCAUCUGCGUUCGUAGCCAGCAAGCCUUCACGCAACAUUUGUGAUUUAGCCUUAGUUACUGCCUGAGAUCUUUCCGAUCGAGUCGUUUGAAUUAUAAGAGAAAGCAUUGGGUUAAUCUACUUCGUGAAAAGGGUAUCCGCGCUCGCCAUUUGAGCUGGACUCAAAUUGUCUCAGCGAGGCAUUCACAGAGCGUUGUCCGAUGGCCCAUUAAAAUCAUUUAUAAAAGAUCUCUUAAUCGGUUUCCUGUAGAUUUUAUAAAAUUUAAUUUAUUGAUAACAAUAGCUUAGGAAACUGAUGGGGAGCUUUAUCUGGAGAAAUGCGACUCGCUGUUUAACAAUAUUCUCAAAACGAGUACUUGGAUUUUGUAUUGUAGGUAUGAACCAUAUGUACGUAAGCUUAAUUUGAAAAAAUCUUCUUUCUUUUUUGUAACAAUACAUAUAGCAAAACUGGCACAGUCAUACUGCAUCUUGAGUGGAUGCUCCGUAGAAGCCCGCGUGGGCAAUUAGCGUUUCACACUACUGACACGGUUCUCGCGGCUGCGGUGUGGAGCGCACUAUUGCGGUUUCCCGCGGUUUUCACCGCGCUCCGUUCCGGGUGGCGCCUCCAACGCUCGCGCAACUUUUCACAUCGCUAAUAGCUUUGACAGAUAUGCUAUCUGUAAACUUCAUCUCCAUUUCAUUUCUUUCCAAGAACGAAACCCUUUUGAUUGUUGCCGAAAGUAUUAUUAUAAGGUUAGAAUCAUCCAUUUUCAUUUCAUUUAUUUUUUUAUUGCUAACCAUCAGCAAUUUUGUGGAAAAGACAAUAAAUUAAAUUUUAUUUUCAUUAGUAUUCCAUUCUUAUAUUACGGUGUUUCAAAGAUAAUAUCAGUUUAACCAUCAUCCAUAUUUAUCAUUCAUCUGUAACAUCCAUCAUGUCAUUAUGUGACCUAUCAUAUUAAGUAUGAAAUCCAUUCUGACGUGACAUGACUGAUAUCAUGAAAUAUUCCAAAGGAUCUAUGUAUCCAAAAUACUAAAAAAAGGUUGUAAGAUAGGAGACAUUCUUUAUAUUAUUAUCAAUAGAUAAUCUUCACUGUGUAUAUGAUAAUUUGUCAAUUGCCGGUUAUAUAAUUUGUUGUGGUUUUAACGUUUACUCUGAAUCCAAGUGACCGUUUUUAUAGUACAUAAAAUCAUAAUUGUACAAGAUAACGGGGUUAAACUGGUCGUUUUAUGAAAACAGUUUUACCUUUAUUGAUAAACAGCGAAAUCUAUUUAAGUAUCUUUCUCAGUCUUACUUUAUGCUUUGUCUAUAUAAGGGUCCAACAGCGUAAGUGAUACCAGAUAAAGUUCCACGAUGUAGAUAAUGUGAAUAUAACUAAGUUAUUCAUAGACUGUGCCCACUGUGGUGCAGUCUCUAUCGUUGGGUUUUACACUCUACGGGCUGUUUCGUUAUUUCCUUUUUUAUUUUUGUGUUGUUUGCUUAUAUUGCUCGGCGCGUGCGUGGGAUGACAUGAUAAAUUGUUUCUUGCUUGACUUUUUUCUCACUGCGACAGGCUCAGCGUAGACAGGGAAUGAUUACUGGGUCCAAUCUACUUUAAAUUCAGAUUUUAACGCUUAAUGAUAGGACCCUAUUACUAUACUUUGUAACCGAAUGUUUCUCUUAACAUUUGUUGAUAUAAACCGAAGUUGAACUUUCUUCAUUUAAUAUAUACUUUUAGCGAAAAGGAAGAAGGUAAUAGCUUCAUACUGUGGUUUACUUCCUAGUUUUUUAGCGAUUCUUUCGUUUCUUAUACUGUACCUAUUAAAUUAAUAUUCCAGACGGCGCUUAGCCUGUUGUCGUGUUGGGAUUUUGUUAAAGGGCGUGGUGCCAGACGUUGUUGUAAAACUCAACGAUACACCUCACUUUAAUGUAAACAAAAUAGGCUAUGUCUAACAUACUGAAUGAAUGCAUUUUAUACAUAAAAAUGUAGGUUUAAUAUUUGUUUGUGUAUGUCGUGAGGCAUGAGUUACACGCUCGCACACUAUUUUUGUACAAUAAAUACCAUGUCCUGAUGAA